AUGGAAUACGUCGGUAAAGCUAGCGAAGUGAUAAGUCAUUUCAGACAAACAAAAUUAUCAACUCUCAAACCGCCACAGGAAUUUUUUGACCAUCGUCAAAUUUCCAGACCGAAGGAUUUAAACGAUGCGACUACUAGAAUCACAUAUAACACUCGAGCCUUUUCUGGGAAUUAUCUUUUAGUCAUACUUCUCCUUGCUGUCUAUGCCAUUAUAUUGAACCCUUUAUUGUUGAUUGCUAUUUUAUUUUUAUUUGGGGGUUUCGUGUUGAUCAACAAAUAUGCGCCUGAACCUAUGCAAGUAGGAAAUCGAGUCAUCACUCAAAAAACAUUAUAUGCCGCUUUGUUCGUCAUUGGUCUACCAUUGCUAUGGUUCGCAUCCCCCGUCUCAACGUUCUUCUGGUUAGUCGGCUCUUCUGCCAUCCUCAUCGUCGGUCAUGCGGUAUUGAUGGAACCGGGUGUUGAAUCGGAAUACCAAGGUCUCGAAGGUCCAUAG